UGCAGCACUAACUAAUACAUACCUACAUAACAGAGAUCUGGUGACCGUCCAGCGGGGAUCCCUUCAGAUCCGCUACCCGUGCCAGCAUGCCCGCUAAGCUUCGUUCCGAUUGGACCACCACGGGGCCAAGUACGCAAUCGACUUUCUAAGGGGUGGCUGCUGGCUGCUGGCUACCUAAACAAUGCAAGCUCGGCGUGCGUUUGACAAGGCGAGGCGAGUCAGGACUCGGUUUACACGAGUGCUUGUCACCGGGACAUAGGAUUGCAUGACUACCUAGGUACUAAAGUGCUUUGGAGGGCUUUAUUGUCCUGGCAAGGCCAUGUUUAUAUUUAUAAGGGUUUUCGGAUACGAAAUCGAGAGGUUUAUAUUGCAAUAUUGGUAACUACCUAGGUAGAUACUAGAUAUCCGCGCAGGAAUAAGAUCGGGGCGUUACGAUGCGGGUUCUAUCCUUUGUCGCCGUAGUAUUCGCGGUCGUCGGCCGGGGUGGUACGGCAUAUCUCGAUUCUGGCGAUGGGUCUCAGAAAGUACUUACGCCUGGUACGGCGGGAGGACUUCAAGAUGGCUUCGAUCCUAGUAGUAUAGUCGCCAGCACUAGAGAAGAUGCGCAGAGUCCUGCGUCGUGUGCGGCUUGCGAGGCAGUCCUCUUACAACUUAAGCUUAUAGCUGCAGCAGGCGAUAACUUCUUCAUCCACUCCAUGACAGAGCUCUGCCAGCGAUCCGGCGUCCAAGACGCAGACGUCUGCGCAGGCUCCAUAGCUCUCGAGGGCCCCAUCGUCGCGCACAGCUUGCGCGGCCUCGCCAUCGGCUCCCGGACGGCGCGGCUGGUGUGCGUGGCGCUCAUGGGACUAUGCCAGCACCCCGAGGUCUUGCCGCAUAACGUCUCGUUCCCGUCGCCGAAAAGGUUGACGGGUAGACCGUCGCCUAGUGGCUUGGAGCCGGUGCAGGUGGUGCAUUUCUCAGAUAUACAUAUUGAUCCGCUGUAUGUCGAGGGCGCGAAUGCGAAUUGCACGAAGCCGAUUUGCUGCAGGGAGUACACCGACGCUGACAAACCCGGCUUCAACGACUUCCCAGCCAGACGACACGGUGAACACACAUGCGACUCACCCCCGAGCCUAGAAGAUAGCAUGUACACAGCGAUCCAAGCCGUCGCACCCAACGCUGCCUUUGCCAUCUUCACGGGCGACAUCGUCGAUCACGCGGUAUGGGAUUCGUCUGAGUCGCAGAACGCGUUCAGCAUCGAGGAUGCUUACGGGCGCAUGGCACUCGCUGGACUGCGCGUCUACGGCACGGCGGGAAAUCACGAGGCUUCGCCUGCGAACUCGUUCCCGCCUACUCCGAUAAACGAUGACGACGAUGAUACCGACAAUAACAGCAAUGCCGCGCAAUGGUUAUACGACCUGCUCUCCACGACUUGGUCCCGGUGGAUCGGCCCACGGGCUGCGGCUACGACGAGGGAGUUUGGCGCGUACUCAGUGCAGCACAUUUCUAGUAGAGACGGUGUAGGGAAACUACGCGUCAUCUCGCUCAGCACGAACAUGUACUACGGGCACAACUACUGGCUGUACGAGGAGCCUAUGCAGAGAGACCCGAAUGGACAGCUGGCAUGGUUGGUAGGGGAACUAGAUGCCGCGGAGAGGGCGGGCGAGCGCGUGUAUAUCAUAGGACAUAUGCCUAUGGGGAGUCGGGAUGCAUUCCACGAUGGGUCGAAUUAUUUUGAUCAGAUUGUGCGGCGGUAUGAAGGGACUAUCGCUGCUAUGUUCUUUGGCCACACUCAUUUCGACGAGUUCGAGCUCUCAUACGCAGACAAUUCGAACAAGUCUCACUCUAACGCACUAGUAACCUCCUAUAUCGCACCCUCUAUGACUCCCACAUCAGGACAUCCCGCCUUCCGCGUCUACACCGUCGACCCCAUCACCUUCGGCGUACUAGACGCUACCACCUACAUCGCCAACGUGAGCGACCCAUCUUUCUCAUCCCCCGCAAGGCCAAAAUGGACAAAAUACUAUUCGGCACGGGAGGCGUACGGGCCACUAGUCGGGGCAACUGAAAAGUCGGAGUCGAACGCAGGACAGAAGCUGGAAGAGCUAACUCCCGCGUUCUGGCACAACGUGACCUCGGCCUUCGAGCGCAACGAAACGGCGUUCGCGGAGUACUUCGCGCGGAGGCGUCGAGGGUGGGCGGUAGGGAGCUGUGAUGAAAAGUGUAGACGCGCCGAGAUAUGCAAGAUGCGGGCUGCGAGAGCCGAGGAUAAUUGUGUACCACCUGGCCUGCGGUUGAAUGAUAACAAAGAGGUGGAUAAUGGCCAGGGAGAGGAAGAUGAGUGUGGAGGCUCGAUUGUACGUGACACAUUGGGGAGUUUGGUUGGGAAUGUAGAUAUGCUGAAGCUGCUUGGAGAGUUGGUGGUUGCGAGGGAGUUAUUAUAAAUGUACACAUUUGGAAUAACUACCUAGAUUAAUACUUCUUUUUCGUAUAGUUUGGGUACUUAAUAAGGAUAACUAGGAACUUUCCGUCUACCUAAUUCUCAUGAUUCAUUUAUUUAGUUUGGGAGGAAUAUCUAGGCUUCACUAUCACUACCUAGUCCCCCAGUUCAAGUGUCUUCUAAUCAAAGAGAAUUCCCAC